AGAAGAGUCUAGUGCACGAGACACGCUUUCGGUACAUCGGUGGACACACCAUCUCUCACGACAGCGACCCAAAGAAACACGUUAAGACCCAAACCCUUGUGCUCUCCAGACGCGUAGUUCAUCGUCAGUCUCCACCAACCAUAAAUAAUCAGGUAGCAGCACGGAUCCGCAGCGGCACCAGCGAUGGCAGAGUUCUCGUGGCUCACGGCGCUAGGGUUCGUCUUCCUGACCUUCAACUCCGGCAUGGCCGUGUACCGCUCCAACGGCGACGCGGGGUCCGUCAUCUUCGUCGCCGUCUCCUACCUCGACCUCGUGGCCCUCUUCGCCUGCCUGCGCCUCUACGAGCGCCUCGACCGCCACUCCCCCCGCCGGGAGCGGAUCAAGGCCGCCGUCUGGGCGCUCACCACGCUGCUCACCGUCAUGUUCACCUACAAGGUCGCCGAGGUCAUGCCGCUCGCCGUCAAGCUCCUGGUCUGGGCGAUGGCCGCCGCCACCACCUGCGGCGGCUUCUACGUCUUCUUCGUCCACGACGACAAGCCGUACCAGCAGCUGCAGGACGCGUCGGCCGCCGCCGAGCGCGGGGACGUCGCCAACUAGUGGCUAUAUUAGACGGCGGCUGGGCGCUGGCCGCCGCGAGGUACGUGCUUCGGUGCUAACAGCGGCGUCGGGCGUUAGAUCUGGGGGCAAACUAUUAGGUCGUUCCUGUAUCUUGGCUGUUUUUCUUCCCUUUUUUUGCCGGCUUGCUGUCACAUGGUCUGCUUUGGCUUGCCGGCGUGCUCGGAUUAGCAGAUCUGGAAUUUGGCCACCCGCAGAUGAGAUCUGUCCAGUUUGAUGAUGUGCUUGUUGAUCAAAUUAAUAAUUGCGUGCCCUGUUGAGAAGUGAGUUUGUGUUGAUUAUAGUUCCUGAUUGGACCAUCAAAUUGGGCGUGUCUCGACAGCUUGAGGUAAGUGGAGUGUAUUGCAAUUGUGUAAGGGCUCUAUUUGCAUCAGGAGGAGGGUAGGGGAACAGAUGCUGAGUGAGUAGAGAAGAAACCAGAGAAAAGCCAUAGUCUGCGAAAGUGGAUGAUCCCUUUGGUACAGAGGUGGUGUGGAAACUGCAGAUAGUUUCCUUGAAUUUGUGUGAACAGUGAAUUGUCGUGACUAACCGCAAGUUGACAAACCAUGACUCCACAGGAACUUUAGAUUGAACAUGUGGCCACUGGAAAUUUGAUCAACGAACGGAAAAUAUUUCAACUGUAUUUGAGGUAUGAGAGCAUGAGUCGAAAUCAGUCAAACCAUUGGUGGCCUCAUCAGCGUGCAAUUGUUUUUGCACUCUCUUAACGAUUUCAGCUGAUUUAUGUCCGUGCUUGCAAAGAGCGUCUGGAUUGCUCUUACCACCUGGAUAAAUAUCUUUUCAUGGAUCAUUCAAGAAACUUGAAGUGCAGAUAUCCUUCAUACCUUUUCUUGUCAAGAAAAUAUGACUAAGACAAUAAAUGGGCAAUAUUUCAACUGGAUUUGAGAUAGGAGAUCAAGAGUCAAAAUCAUUCAACCAUUGGUGGCCUGAUCAGUGUGCAAUUGUAUUUGCACUCUCUUAAAGAUUUCAGCUGAUUUAUGUCCCUGCUUGCGAAGAGCUGCUGGUUUACUCUCAACUUAACGCAAAAGUAUGGAUGCUGUGAACCACGUCACCUCCUGGAUGAAGGAGAUCAUUUCACGGUUCAUUUAAGAAGAUUGGCAAAGUGCAGAGAUCCUUCAUAUGCCUUCAAGAAAAUAAGACAAGACAAGAUUGUGUGCAGAGACUGGAGAGCCAGAAUAUUAAUGAGUAGGGAAGUGUUCACGUCAGAAGAACAAUGAGGAGAGAACUUGUUCAUGUUUGCUUUUCUGUUUACCAGCAUACCGAUGAACUUUGCUUAAUGAAAAUAUAAGCACAGACUAGGAGAGAACUUGUUCAUGUUUGCUGUUUCAGUUUACCAGCAGACCGAUGACUGUUCGUAAUAAAAAUAUAAGCACAGACUAAGACAGCUCAUUGAUAACUAUGUGUAGUGGGAGCUAGGAAAGGGCCAUUGGAAUAUAUUAUCAGCAGUAAUGGGUGACACAUACAAGGGAAUAGAUACAAGAAAAUUUACAAAGCAGUGGAUGUUCAAGUAGAAUCAAAUAUAUUACAGCUAUGACAAUGCCGAUGCCAGUGCCAAUUCCGAUGCUACCCGGCCAGCCGACAGCAAGGUGAGUUGCAAGGGAAGAGAAAAGGCCAAGAUAUAAUAACCCCUAGUUGCCCAAAUAUAAUUUGCCGUCGCUGUUGCCUGAGGUAUGUGCUGCGCUGUAGCAAGUGCCCAGCCUGCCCUAUUUACGCGUUUAAGUUGAAUAAAUUCCACUAUCUACGAGCUAUAAGCUGUAGCCUUCACAUAAAUUGUAUUGUGUCUAUCUAUGAUUAUAUCGUAUGUCGUUCAUGUCUGUCACCGUUGCUUUGUCGAGCUCUGACUAGUUCUUGGAAGUAUAUUUGAUGGCUGGGUUAAGUAUUGUACACCACUGGCGCCAACUCUAGUGUCGUUUGCUCCUCGUUGUAAUAUUAGGGGCUUCAUCAUGGGAUAUUCAUGGUCUGUAUUCAGUAUUUCUGUAUAAAAUGGGUGCUUCUGUGCUGUCCUA